CAUAAUUUUGUUUUGAUAUUUACUAUUGGAGUAGAGAGAUUUAAUAAAAAAUCUGGAAGUGGUGACACUUGUCGAGUAUAUAAACUUGGUUUCAAUGCUUGAGUAAAGGCAAACAGAAAUUGACUAACACUGGAAGUGGAACUCUUAAAGUGACAUGAAAAAUUAAAAUUUGUACUUCAAAUAAAAUAUAAAUAGCAUUAAAUCAUAUAAAAUUUAAUUUAAAAGGAAAAAUGAGUUACUUGCGCUCGACUACCAUGAUCUGCCUCUUUACCACUCUCAUUUGUCUGCAAAUGGCCAUCAGCUCGGCACGUUCGGUCUCUGACAUACGUGAUUUGGAUAAUGACAUUUACAAAGGUUUGGAUAGUCAAUUAGCCUCUGGGUAUUAUUACAUUAGUGACGGUCGGAUAACGCCUAUAAGCAGCAGCAUUCGGCGCAAAGAUUACGGUUAUUCUAAUGGCUAUUCUGUAUAUUUCCAACCGAUUGUGCGAGUCAAACAUCAACAUACAAGGAAGAAGUUAUUUGUGCCUAAUUUAUUUGGCUAGAUGAAUAAAAAGAAGAAAUGCGCGAUGUUUGAAAGUACAGACUGAUCCCUAGUUGUUAGGCACAUUCCUUUAUAAGCUUAGGGGAAAAUAUUAAUACUCGUACAUCUACUAAGUACUUUUACUUCUAAAUAAAAUUAUAUUAAAGAUUUGGAUAAAUAAUUACCAGUUAGUGAUGGUUGUAAUAACAAUUGUAUAAGCCUAAGAGUAAU